AGCGCUGGUCAUGACCACAACUCCAUGCCGGUAGCCACGAGAAGGGGGCAGACCGAGUCAGGAGCCAUCAAGGGACAGCAGAGAUGGUGAGGUGCUGGAAGCGUUCAGAAAACCGUCUGGAGGAAGAAGAGUGCACGGAUGGGGGCCCUGAGGCGUCCCCUUGGUCCCACUUCCCACACAAGGCAUUCUGGGUCGGCCUCUCAGCCUCCCUGCUCCUGGUCAUCCUUGCCCUGGGUUUGAUGGGGCACUUCGGGAGGUCUCAGCCUCACUCUCAGUCUUUGCAGACUGUGAGAUUCACUGUUCCAGAUCAGAUUGGCGCUCUUAUCAACCAGUCAGCAGUCGUUGACCAACAGAAUGAGCUGGUGACCUUUUCUGUGACCUCACCAAUUAAUCGGACGUCCACUGUGCUCUUUGAUAUAAAACACAGCUUGAUAUGUUACAAACCCAUUGAUCAGGAGAGCUGCUUCCUGCGAAAGAUGGAGGAGUCUGACUACGCGAAUGUGAACUCCCUCCUCCACGAGUCAACACCCAAGAGCCAGGUCCAGCUGUCUGGGAAUGAGACCCUGAGGCAGAUGGAGUUCCUGGGAGUCCUGGCAGCCAGUCAGGUGAACGUAUCCUCGCUGGAGGAGCCCCUCCAGGCUCUGUGUCAGGACAGGUCUGUCCACUGGACCAGGAGGACCGAGGGCCCCGGCAAACAGAGGCUGGUCUACUUCUGCAUCGAUAUCUGCUUCCCUAGCAACAUCUGCGUGUCUGUGUGUUUCUACUACCUUCCAGAGUGACUCUGCAUGCUCUCUAUCCUCCCGGCAAAAGAUCAGGGAAACAAAGUUGUCUCUUUUUUUUUUUUUUUUGCUCCCUCUUCAAAAAAAACCAAAAAAAAAAACAAAACAAAGCAAGCUUUGACUGUUUCCUUUGUGCCAUACAGCCACCAGUAAACCAGCCAACCCUUCCAAUCCAUUUUCAUCCUUCCGAGAAAGAAGAGACCUGGAGACAGGCUGUCAUAGCUAUCACCAAAUCCCCAUCAUCACUCUCUUCAUGUAUAAUACCCUCUCUGGUGGCACGCUUCAGAGAUUACAGAACAAAGUUCCUCCUCCUUUUUUUUUUUUUUUGUACCUCUAACUGUAUUUCCCAUAACGUACUGCUGCAGUGUACUUGUGUUUAACCGUUCCUGUUACAAUGUGACUGUUUUUUGAUCUAAUCUGAGAAUAAAAGGCGCAUUCUGUUGGGUAUAAGAACA